AUGUACAAGUUGUUCCUGUUGGGUCUCUUUCUACUGUGCCUCUCAAGAGCUGGAGCCACUAGAUGCAAACGAUGUGCAUCCUACAGAAAGGGCACAUGUGAGGUAGAUGAGGACCACUGUAUCCUGAAAAACAAUGAGUCUUGCAUGAUCAAGAGAACCAUUUCUCCCCUAAGCACAGAAACAGCAUUUGAGAAGAUCCAGACAGGCUGUGAAAUCAACUGUAAGAAUAGUGAAAAAUACUCUGGAACUCAAAAAAUUCUGACCUACUGCUGCAAAUACCGGAAUUUCUGUAAUGAUCCUUUUAUACCCCGUUCACCUUUCCGGCGAUAA